UCCCAGCACCUGCGGGAUGCUGCAGGCACCCCCAGCACGGUGGGGACCCCAGCAGGGAUGUGCACUUGGGACGCCCUGCUGCAACGCCAGGUCUCGGAGCGGGGGGCCCACAGCCCUCCCGGGGGUGGCCGGGCGAUGUCCCUGCGUCCCCAGUGUCCCCAGGAGGCCACUGCCCCGUUCCCAUGGCUCGCCCGGCAGGACGCUGACCCGCCUGCUGCCUCUCCCUGCCUGCCAGGACGCCAGCCCGGCCCUCGCCCGCGUCCCCGCCGGCCCCCCGCAUCCCCACGGGACGGGCAGGGGCCCCGCGGUGGAUGCCCUCCCCCCCCCGGCCCGGCAGCAGUUCGACAUGCUCUACAAGAUCGAGGACGUGCCCCCCUGGUACCUCUGCAUCCUGCUGGGCUUCCAGCAUUACCUGACCUGCUUCAGCGGCACCAUCGCCGUCCCCUUCCUGCUGGCCGAGAGCCUGUGCGUGGGCAAGGACCAGCUGACCGUCAGCUACCUCAUCGGCACCAUCUUCACCUGCGUCGGCAUCACCACCCUCAUCCAGACCACCGUGGGCAUCAGGCUGCCCCUGUUCCAGGCGAGUGCGCUGGCCUUCCUCGUCCCCGCCAAGUCCAUCCUGGCGCUGGAGAAGUGGCGGUGCCCGCCUGAAGAGCAGAUCUAUGGCAACUGGACGCUGCCGCUCAACACCUCCCACAUCUGGCAGCCCCGCAUGCGAGAGAUCCAGGGGGCCAUCGUGGUGUCCAGCCUGGUGGAGGUGGUGAUCGGGCUGCUGGGGCUCCCCGGGGCGCUGCUCAGCUACAUCGGGCCGCUGACCGUCACCCCCACCGUCGCCCUCAUCGGCCUCUCCGUCUUCCAGGCCGCCGGCGAGCGGGCCGGCUCGCACUGGGGCAUCGCGGCGCUGUCCAUCGUCCUCAUCGUGCUGUUCGCCCAGUACCUGAGGAACGUCACCAUCCGCCUGCCCGGGUACCGCUGGGGACGGGGCUUCGUCCUGCUGCGCGUGCAGAUCUUCAAGAUGUUCCCAAUCAUCCUGGCCAUCAUGGUGGUGUGGCUGCUCUGCUACCUGCUGACGCGCACCGGCGUCUUCCCCAGCAGCCCCGAGGAGUACGGCUACAAGGCCAGGACGGACGCGCGCGGGGAGAUCCUCUCGGUGGCACCCUGGUUCCGUGUCCCCUACCCCUGUCAGUGGGGGCUGCCCACGGUGACCUCGGCGGCCGUGCUGGGCAUGUUCAGCGCCACGCUGGCCGGCAUCAUCGAGUCCAUCGGGGAUUACUACUCCUGCGCGCGGCUGGCGGGAGCGCCCGCUCCCCCGGUGCAUGCCAUCAACAGGGGCAUUUUCACAGAGGGCAUCUCCUGCAUCAUUGCCGGGCUGCUGGGAACCGGCAACGGCUCCACCUCCUCCAGCCCCAACAUCGGCGUGCUGGGCAUCACCAAGGUGGGGAGCAGGAGGGUGAUCCAGUACGGCGCCGGGAUCAUGAUCGUCCUGGGGACCAUCGGCAAGUUCACCGCGCUGUUCGCAUCGCUGCCCGACCCCAUCCUCGGCGGGAUGUUCUGCACGCUGUUCGGCAUGAUCACGGCCGUCGGCCUCUCCAACCUGCAGUUCGUCGACAUGAAUUCCUCCCGCAACCUCUUCGUGCUGGGCUUCGCCAUGUUUUUCGGGCUGACGCUGCCCAACUACCUGGAUUCCAAUCCCAAGGCCAUUAACACAGGCGUCCCCGAGCUGGACCAGAUCCUGACGGUGCUGCUGACGACCGAGAUGUUUGUGGGGGGCUCCAUCGCCUUCAUCCUGGACAACACCAUCCCGGGGACGCGCGAGGAGCGGGGACUGGUGCAGUGGAAGGCGGGCGCGCACGCCGACAGCACGUCCUCGGCCAGCCUGAAGAGCUACGACUUCCCCUUCGGGAUGAGCGCGGUGCGGAGGUGCCGCUGGCUGCGGCACGUGCCCAUCUGCCCGCUCUUCACCGGCUUCAGCUGGCGGCCGAGGAAAAGCCACGCGGCGGCCGAGGGCGCGCAGGACGGCGCCGACGGCCUCGUCGUCUGCACCAAGGUGUGAGCGGGACCCGGUGCGCCUCGGCCCCCGCUGCUGGAGGGCACGGGGUGGGGAAGAGCCGAGCCAAGCGCCUGCGGUCGCACCAGGCAGCAUCGCUGGGGGGCUGCGAGCAGCCCCCAUGGCCAGUCCAAGGCUUCUUUCGCUCGUCCUGAAUGCGGGGCUGGGGGAAUUUGGUUGCUUUUUGGGGUCAUCACUGGCUUGGCUUUAGCUAAACCUAGCGUGCAGAGCCCAUCCUGGGGGUCCUGCGGAUGGCAGAGCUCCCCAGGCGCUGCCCUCAGCACCACCAGCCCCCGUGCUAUUGCCCCAGCUCAGCCUCCUGCUGGCUUGAGACGUGAUCAAAGCUUUGCUGAAGCCCGGCAGCUCUGGUCAGAGGCGCUGGGACCAGCCAGGGCCAAGGACUUCACACCACGGCCCCGGCUGCAGCAGGGCUGCACAGCGGAUGCAGUCGGCUCAGUGCUGGGUACGGCGAUCAGACCGCUCUAUUUUAAGAUUCUGCAUUAAAAAA